AUGGCUGAUGUCGAGAAACAUGGCGCAACGCCCCAGUCUCUGCCUUUGCCCGAUCUUAAGCGCAAGCUGAAGAGUAGGCACUUGCAGAUGAUCGCCAUAGGUGGUACCAUCGGAACUGGUCUCUUCAUCGGUAGCGGUAGCGCACUCGCAAAGUCUGGACCCGCUGGAGCGCUCAUUGCUUAUAUCUUUGUUGGAACAAUUGUUUACUCAGUUAUGACCUCCCUCGGAGAAAUGGCGACCUACAUUCCUAUUGCCGGUGCUUUCACAUCUUAUGCUUCACGGUUCGUUGACCCUAGUUUGGGUUUCGCCAUGGGUUGGAUCUACUGGUUUUCCUGGGCAAUCACGUACGCACUGGAACUCACGGCGACGGGUUUGAUCAUUCAGUACUGGGAUAGUUCACUUUCGAUUGCCAUUUUCAUUGCCAUUUUCUGGGUUGUUAUUACUGCCUUGAACUUGCUUCCAGUCAACUUUUAUGGCGAGCUUGAGUUCUGGCUUUCGACAGUCAAGAUCGUCACGAUCGUAGGAUUUAUGAUCUUUGCCAUCUGUAUCGAUGCUGGUGCGGGGCACAGGCCAUAUCUCGGUUUCCACACAUGGGGUAACCCUGGUGCGUUUGCCGCAUAUCCAGACCUGGCCGACAUUGGAGUUACAGGCCCAAAGGCCAAGUUUGUUGGUUUCUGGGCAGUGCUCAUCCAGGCCGGAUUCUCGUAUCAGGGUACAGAGUUGGUUGGUGUCGCUGCUGGCGAGACUGAGAAUCCCCGCAAGACGGUGCCGUCGGCUAUUCGCAAGACUUUCUACCGUAUCUUGUUCUUCUUCGUCAUGACUGUCUUCUUCAUUGGCCUGCUGGUUCCAUACACCAACGAAAAUCUCCUGUCCGGUAACACCGAUGCAUCGGCUUCACCUUUUGUUAUCGCCGCCAAUCUCGCUGGAGUCAAGGUUCUACCCUCGAUCAUCAACGCGGUCUUGUUGACCGUGGUGCUCUCCGCUGCGAACUCCAACGUCUACAGUGGAAGCCGUAUUCUCAUCGGCCUAGCCCAGGAAAGCCUUGCGCCCAGAAUCUUCAAGACCACAUCCCAAGGCGGUGUGCCGUACUACGGUGUCGCCCUGACGUCUGCCAUCGGUCUUUUGGCAUUUAUGAACCUGUCCAACAACGGUGGCACCGUGUUCAACUGGUUCAUGAACAUCUCCAGUGUUGCCGGCUUCAUCAGCUGGGCGACAUUGAACGGCUGCCACAUUGCGUUCAUGCGGGCCCUGAAGGCGCGCGACAUCUCUCGGGACCUGCUGCCGUACAAAGCCAUGUGGCAACCCUGGUUUGCCUGGUACGGGCUGUUCUGGAACGUCUUCAUCAUCUUCACGCAGGGAUUCACGGCAUGGAUUCCCAGCUUCGACGUCUCGAGCUUCUUCGUCGCCUACAUCAGUCUGAUUCUGUUCGCCGUGCUAUACAUAGGACACAAACUGGUCUUCCGCACCAAGUUCGUGCGCCCGAUUGACGCAGAUCUCGACACGGGGCGUGUUGAGCUUGAAAACGAGAGCUGGGAGACGGACGAGCCGACUUCCCUCUGGCAGAGGCUAUUUCUUUGA